UUGUAGUAGUUUUUUUUUUUUUUUUACUACCUACACUGGUCAUAAUAGAGACAAUAUAUUUUUCCUAAUUUGUGCAACGUUAUUGCAAAAUAUAUCAAUACCAAGUUUAUUGUAAUAAUUGCACAUUCGAUACAGCGGCGAAUUUUGGUAAUGUGAUGUUCGAGGUAUACCAAUUUCAAAAGUUCUUUGCUGUCUAAUGUUUUUUCUAGGAACUACAAGUUUUAAUUGAUGUAGGGUUUGAGUGUCGUCAAUUAGGUGGUGAGUUAUUUUAUAUAAGUAUAACAUCGAAUUAAGUUGAGAGUAUUGCUUAAGUGAUAAUAAUUCAGUAUUAGAUAACAAUAAUUCGUAAUCAGCGUGAUCAGGAUAAUAUCCAUUCUUUCGGUAAUACACAUAUUUCAAAAAUCUUUUCUGGACUGACUCUAACAUUUUCAAAUAUUUUUCAUACAUUGAAUUCCAAAUCACCGAACAGUAAUUAAUUUUGCUCAAAACGUAACAUCGGUACAAAGUAAAAAAUGUUUGCCUAUUAGUAAACAACUUAUAAUUUCUUAUUACAAAACCGAGAGUUCUACUACAACUGUUUGUUAGUUGACAAAUGUGUGAAUUAAAAUUAAGUUUUGAGUCAAACAGCAUACCUAAGUCACUUACUUCAUCUUCACGCCGUAGCCCAGUAUCACAAAGAGAAUAACUAAAAGUAAUGAGAUUUUCCUUUCUUCCGUAACUCACCACACAACAUUUAUUUAUAUUGAGAGAGAGACGAUUUAAUUCACACCAAACUUCAAUGUUUUUUAAAUCCUCUUGCAGACACUUACAGUCAUUAAUGUUGUUGAUUGUUCGAAACACUUUCAUGUCGUCAGCAUACAAUAGCACAUUUGAGAUAAUAUUCGCACCAAUAUCAUUGAUAGAAACUAGACAAGCAAUUGCCUUCAAGUCCAAGAAUUCGAGAAUUUUCUCAAAAUGAAUGGAAUUAAUCAUAAAGUUACCGCGCCAUAUCACCCAGCGACCAACGGCCAGGCGAAACGAAUGACCUUUUGUCACCUUUUGGAAAGAUGAGUUCUUUUGUGGGUUAGGGCUAAUAGAUUACGUUAAUGAAAAACCAAAAAUUAAGAAAAUGAUUUCUGCUUGGCUCGCCAUUUGGGGCCAGGGACCUGCACCACUUUUACUUGCAAAGCGUCUCCAAACUCAUUUGUGGCCUUGGUUCACUGGCCAGUAGUUCCAGAUAUUCAAACAAGUAUGCAAGGGAUUGAUUACAAUUUUGUUUUGGUGCCGAUCGUCAUUCAUGUCAAAUUGACUUUGUAUAAAUAUGUUCAGGGGGUUAUUAAAAAAUUAUUCGUUGAUUAUUUUUAGAAACUUUUACUCUUCUGAACUGGAGGGUACACUUCUUACGCCCAAUUGCAUAAAAGAUUCCCCGGAAUGUAAAACUUUGGAAGAAACAUUAUCUAAGGAAUUUAGUAACCCUGAUCCAUCUCGAAAGUGGCGAGAAGGUGUCAAUAAAUCCUCAUUUUCGUACCUGUUAUUAGACCCUCGUCUCACCAACAAUUUGCCUAACCGAGCUGAACAGAUGCCACCAACUGAGGUUUGGAAGACAUUCUUGGAAUCAAUUUUUUAUGUGGGAAAAGGCAAACGCGCUCGGCCUUACUCGCAUUUGUACGAUGCAGUUAAACUUUGGAAUGCGGAAGCCUACACAAGAGAGGCAGCUAUGAUUGCGGCAUUAAAAUUGGAGAAUUUAAGAAAUAACAAACUGGGGCAGUUUUAUGGAACUCCAUUGACAUGGUCAGCGCAGCAGCAAAACAAGCUUGGUGUUGCGCUACUUUAUAAAGCAAUGAUGAUAUUUCUUAACGAAGGGGAACGGCAAUUAAAACCAAGUGAUAUUAAUUGAGAGUAUUUUACAAUUGUAAUGUAUUAUAGUAUUUUUUAUAAAAGCUUAUUUUUGUACAUAUUAUUCUAGUCUUAAAUUUUGUAGUAGUAAGUGCAAUCUUAUGACGAAACCUGUCAAUUAUUUUUAAAGGGUUUUAACUAAUAUUAAAAGAGAAAGUAUUUGUUUUUAUGAUGUGUAAAGUUAUAUGAUAGGAUUGUUGAAGUAUUAAAUAGUAACUAAUUUCAUUUCUUAGAAAUUGUUUGCUGUGCAAUAGUGUGAACCUUAGAUCAUAUAAUCAUGGAUAGAGCUAUCUCACAAGCUCUACUAAAAGACAACCGUCGCCAACAUUCCAACGUGCAUUUUUAUGCCUAAUUAUCUUUUACUAUUAGUAAGUUGUAAUGUAUUUAUCCUUUGCCGGGUUGAUUGUAAAAGUGCGCAAGCUUGGCGAUGGUAAGGACGUUUGUCCGUUUGACAUCGUAUAUUCGCAAACA